AUGUUGCGCAUUUGUGUUUUGUGGCGAAACUGGCUCGCUGUUGAACGUUUUGGCCACGCUGCCCUCUAUUCAUUUUAUGCAUUGCGUGCGGGUGAACAAGUAAGCAAAUCGGAACGGAGCAAGCUGGUCGAAGCGCAAGUUCAGGUUGGUCUGGAAGACGGUGGUAGCAGGAGCGCAACUGAUGAGCACAGUAGCGCGGUGGAGAAAACCGUCUUUAGCUCGGUUGGUCUGGAAGACAGUGGUAGCAGGAGCGCAACUGAUGAGCACAGUAGCGCUGUGGAGAAAACCGUCUUUAGCUCGGUAGUUGAGCACGAGAGUGAGGACGUCUUCUUCACUCCCAGAAGCAAAAUAAGCAAUUUUGAAAAGAUACAUGCUGUCGGCUCACAGGAACUGGUGGACGAUGAUGCUGGCGAUAAGCCGAAUGAUGGACCCCAAGGCCAGGAAGAAGCCAGCAGCGGACCUAUUAAUAAUGAGGACCUCGGUAACUUCAUCUUUGAGGACAACUACUUUGAAGACAGCUGGGGAGUGCAUUCAAGCGAAUUACUAGGUGCUUUCUGGCGCCCGACUGGCACUGACACUCCUGCAUCCACCAGAACUACUUGUUCUGGGGCUGCUGAUAUUGCAGCACUGGAAUUACGGGCCCUUGCAGCACUUCACGUCAUUCAGUUUACAUGCAUGUAG